ACUUUCCACCCACCCACUCUCACUCCACCCUGAAAGUUCUCCGAGUCGAGCUUCGCCAUAACCGCGUCCGGUGCGGGGGGAUUCCAAAUGGGAGAAGCAAUCAUGCCGACAUCAUCCACUGAACAUAUAACUCCAAAUAUCAUCCGGCUCUGCGAUCGCUUGUGAAUAUAUAUAUAUCAAAGAUGCCGCCCAUCAAACCUCAGUCGUCAUUGGUUCUCUUACCGCCGGCGCCAAGCUCCCCGACAUAUGAGAACCUGAAGGCCGCUUACAACACGACAUUACUCACUAUUCUACGUGAUGCAUCUCUCAAACUUGAUGGCACGGGCGGUGGAGCUGUGUUGGAGAUAGCCCUGCCUUGUCCUCAUUUGUAUGGUCAAGAAGACGCGCCUCGCAGCACCCUGUACGAACCUACACAACGACUGCUCGCAAAUCUGUAUAAGCUGAUCUGCGUCGUCUGCGCGAGGGGCUCAAUCAACAUAGAAGAUGUAGAUGGCGUCGACGUACGCUUGAUUCUCGUAGCUUACCCCCGCAAUGGCAAGCUACACCAUGCACAGUCAGGAUCGCCCGAGGCAGACGCGGAGGGUCCAGUUGUCACUAUUCAGACUUUAGCACGCAGUGGUCGGGUAUGGAACAUGGUAUACGCCGUAGAGACUGAAGCAGGCGAGCAGAUCCUACGGCAUUUCACCACAUUUCAUCGCUCAGUGGCCCAGGUCACAAAAGUACGAGGAGGAAUUGUGCAAGUGCUUCCGAAAGAUGAACUCAACGCAUCAUCAGUGGCAGCAUCAGAUGGCCAGAAGAAGCGCAAGCAUGCCUCGGUGGCCGUCGGAGGGACGUUCGAUCAUCUUCAUAUUGGUCACAAGCUACUUCUGAGCAUGACAGCCUUCAUGGUCGAUCGCGCAGCCGACACGCUAGACGCGACGGAGCAAGAACAGGAUCGAACGAUUAUCAUUGGCAUCACAGGAGACGAGUUGCUUCAAAACAAGAAAUACGCCGAGCAUCUGGAGAGUUGGUCUGCCCGCCAGCAAUUCGUGGACGCGUACAUGCGCUCCAUCCUGGACUUCUCGGCGCAUGGCCAGCACUUGAUCAGAGUAGACGAGCGGACGGAACCUGGUCCGAACGGCCAUGUUGUCCAUGUUACAUUGCCGUCUGGCCUGGUGCUUCAGUACGUGGAGAUCUGGGAUCCGUUUGGCCCGACGAUCACGGACCAAGCGAUCAGUGCGUUGGUGCUCUCAGGUGAGACCAGGCGAGGGGGAGCGGCAGUGAAUUCGAAGCGGGAGGAGAAGGCGUGGCUUCCGCUCGAGGUGUUUGAGGUAGAUGUACUCGACGCUGAAGAGGAAUUUGCAGCAGAGGCAGCAGCAGCACAUGGGUCGCCGAAGGGUGGACAAGACACGUUUCAGAGUAAGCUUAGUAGCACAGAGAUUCGCAAGAAGUUGAGCGAGAAGGGUGCAGGAAGGAAUAAGAUGUAAUAGUAGAACAUAUACCUCGUACCAUCUGCAGCAUAAAUCUAAAUGACAGGCAGCCCUGGAGUGGGUCUGGAAGGCUUGGCCUGUUAAAAAAUGGUGCACCUUACCGGGACUUUUUUUAUCUGAUAUUCUCCGACAUGCAGAUAUGCACGAUGUAUGUAAAGCAAAAUGACGGGGCUGUAAGGUGAUAAUAAGAGCACAGAUAUGGACAUUCGACAUGAAAGACGAUGCACGUUAUAUUCACGGGAGCAGAAGAAACAUGUGG